CAUAAACGAUUCGACGCAAAGUGAAAAGAAUCUGAACGAAUUGUUUCAACUGGCUAUUUAUGAUUCGUGCAAGGGUAAUCACGUUCUGCUUCCCGAAGGUUUUCAGUAUGAUUAUAAGAUUUUUACCAACGGUUCUAUAUAUUUAUCUUAUGAUAAAAUAUUAGUUGAAUCGACAUCAUAUUGUCUCGCCGUCGUCGACGGGAAUGAGUUCGAAGUAACCGUCUGUUCCAAAACUUAUGACAAGAUCAUGAAGAUAACAACUAAAGAUAAAACUAAUGAGAUCAUGAAUACUAUUACAAACAAAGAUAUUAUGGAAAUGAGUGUUGAUAUAGCAUCUAUAUUACUUUUGGGGUCAGCAUUUUUCGUGUAUUCCAUAUUGCCGGAACUCCGAAAUAGACACGGCUUCAUGUUGCGCAAUUACAAUGGUGCCUUGACUAUUGCAUACGGAAUUCGCUUUGUGAAAUUUUUGAUCAAAUCGGAUGAUAUACAGUAUUCCGUCUGCGUUACAAUAGCCUUUAUACAAUACUUUGCCUAUAUGGCGAGUUACUUUUGGUUAAUUAUAAUGAGCUUUGAUAUGUGGUGCACAUUCAGAGGAUUCUGUUCGUUACAAAAAAACGUCAGACAACAAGAAAAAAAAAAGUUGAUAUAUUAUACGAUCUUUGCGUGGGGAUGUCCCUUUAUGCUUGCUAUUUUAUGUGUCAGCAUGGAUAUUCUUUCUAAGUACCAGCAUGUACCACCAAUUUUGCGACCGGACUUUUAUGAAGGAGAAUGUUUUUUUUUUAAGACUGGUCCGUAUAUGUUGUAUUAUUAUGGGCUCAAUAGUAUGUGCGUCACCAGUAGCAUUUGUUUAUCUAUCUAUACGGCAUUAAAAAUUGAACGUUUAAAAAAGGAAUCGGGUUCUUUUCUGAAAGAUUCGGAGAAUAAAUGCUUUAACGAUAAUAAAAAAUGGUUUAAUCUAUAUCUGCAGCUAUUUAUCGUGCUGUUUAUCUUAAUGGGCAUAGAAUUGCUCGUGAUAGCAGCUUAUGAAAUAUUUAAAACUGUACCAACUACUACAUUGUACACCAUUUACUACAUUGUAUUGUAUGUUGUUAAUUCGCUGGACAUUAUGCAGAGUCUGUGCGUCUUUAUCGUAUUUGUGUGUAAAAAAAGGAUCAAGCGCAUGUUAUUCAAGCGAUUCGGCUUCGGUUUGUCGCCAAAUGCUUGACACAGAUCGAAUGCAACAUUGUCGAGCAUUCUUACACUGUCAAAAGAAAUAGUCAUGCAGGAGAAAAUGAGUUUUUUUCGGACGAGCAAGAAAUCACACUGAUAGGAUCGACUUUUAAUUUUUAUUUGAAAAUGGAAAUCAUGUUUUUUUAUGUUGUUCUUUAUAGUUAAAAUUAAUAAUUAUAAUUCAUACAUAUUUUCGGAUUUUGUAGCAAGAACAUAUUAUUUUGUCUUGUUUGUUUUUUAAAUUUAAGUGAGAUUAUGAUAUAUUCCUUGACAUAAAUAUUUAUAAUAUUGUUAAUUGUA